AACAAGCGAACCAGGUAGCUAAUUGAAAAGAAUAAAAACCGGGUAACUAUUAUACAAACUACGAUUCUACGAAGAACUAGUAGGGGAGAGAGAGAUACGGUAGUGAAGUAGGGAAGGUACGCCACUAGAUUUCAAAAUAAAAGCAACGACGCCCCAUCUCAGGUCUUUCCCCCCAAUUUUAUUUCCCCGCCCGCGCUAUCCUCAUCGCAUUCAAUUUCAGCAUCUGACGCGUUUUCCUACUUGCAAUCUCGCAUUGGACGGCGCUGUGCGCGCUUUUGCCUUCUCCAACCAUUCGCCCAUCUUUCCCACGGGAAAUUAGGGUUUCCAAGGCUGAUCCGCCAAAAACUCCACUCUCAACACAAUCGUCGUCCGCCUUAACUGUUGCAUCUCAAUUUACGCUGCGUCGUCCACAUUUACAACGAUUUCAAUGUCGUCGAGGGCUACGCCUUCGGCUUCCGCCAGCAGAUCAGAUCCCUCUAAGGACUCUCAGAGAUACACUUUGAACUCUAGGACAUCUUUGGCUGCCAGGCAGAACUACUUGUUUGGGUGGACUCCCAGAUCAAUUAGUGGCUUAGAUGAUUUAUUAGCAAGGAAAGGGAUGUUGGGGGUCCAAGGAUCAAAUCAAAGUUCCAAGGACAUUCUGUCAGUUAUUGAUUCUUUGAAGAAACAAGUUGCUGUUGAGAGAUGCAUCUUUAUAAAGAAAAGAAUGGUGGAAAACAAUGAAAAGCUGAUCGGUGUUACAAAUCAUGUUUAUACACUGUCAAAAGAGAGAAGCAACAGUGUGAUAAAUAAUACUGAAAAAAAUCUAGACCUGCUGACAAAGAGGCAAAGAGAUGCAUUUGGUAUGCUGAAUGGUCUUGAUUUGACUAAUGGUGAAAAGGAUAAGAAUGGUUCUCAGGAAGAUAGCUAUGCCUCAUCAGCAGUUCUUGUAGGUUCUAGUUUCGGAAUGAAGAAUGUUGUUCGCCCCAUCAAGCUUCCAGAAGUGAAGAAAUUGCCUCCUUAUACUACAUGGAUAUUUUUGGAUAGGAACCAAAGAAUGACCGAGGAUCAGUCGGUGGUUGGUCGAAGGAGAAUUUAUUAUGAUCAAAAUGGUGGAGAAGCUCUAAUUUGCAGUGACAGUGAGGAGGAAAUAGUUGAGGAGGAAGAAGAAAAGAGAGAAUUUGUGGAUUCUGAAGAUUAUAUCCUUCGAAUGACCAUCCAAGAGGUUGGUUUAUCAGAUGCUGUGCUGGAUUCAUUGGCACAGUGCUUUUCUAGAAGUCCUUGUGAGGUUAAGGCAAGAUAUGAAAUUCUUAUGAAGGGAGAGAAAGAUGCACAGUGCGAGAAGAAGGGUAGCACUGAUGAUAAAACACAAAUGGAUGAUUCAUUUUUUGAUAAAGAUUUAGAUGCAGCACUGGAUUCUUUUGACAAUCUAUUUUGUCGGCGAUGUCUAGUGUUUGAUUGUAGAUUGCAUGGAUGCUCACAGGAUCUUGUCUUUCCUGCUGAGAAACAGCUUCCAUGGAACUACACAGAUGAGGAAAAUGUACCAUGUGGUGUGAAUUGCUACCGGCUGGCCCAGAAACUGGAAAGCAAUGCUAUAAGGAGCUCUCCUGUGCACAAUGGUCUUGAAGAAAAACCAGUUCCUUCAUCUGGUAGUGCUGGGGACCAAAUAUCUCCCAGAAAGAAAGGUACUAGUUCAUCUGUUGGCAAAAAGCUAAAGUCUAACCAGAGUGAAAGUGCUUCAUCUAAUGCGAGAAAUACAUCAGAAAGCAGCGAGUCAGAGAUAAGACCCAGGCAGGAUAAUUCUUCCAUCCACAAUUCUUCAUCACCUCAGAAGGCUAAGCUUGUUGGAAAAUGUGGAGUUCACAAAAGAAACAGCAAACGAGUUGCUGAACGUGUUUUUGUUUGCAUGCGGAAGAGACAGAAAAAAAUGAUUGCUUCUGAUUCUGACUUCGUUGUGAGUGGAUGCGUUUGGCCAAGAGAUAUGAAGCUUAGGUCUAAUUCACGCAAAGAAAAUGAAGAGGCUACUUCUUCACAACGAAAAGUAAAAACUCCACCUACAAGAAAGCCUAAGAAGAAGGAAUUACCAGCUCAGGACAGUAGCAAAUCCACAUUUAAUGGUCAUGAUGAACCAUCUGAUGAGAUGGUUAAAGGCCCACCAGAGGCUAUUAGUGAUGAGACCUCAAAGAAAGAAGAGUUUGUUGAUGAAAGCAUUUGUAAAAAUGAAGCAACAGGUGAUAAAUCUUGGAAAACUAUCGAGAAGGGCCUUUUUGCAAAAGGUUUGGAAAUUUUUGGAAGGAAUAGCUGUUUAAUUGCAAGGAACCUUUUGAAUGGAAUGAAGACGUGUGCAGAUGUCUAUCAGUACAUGAGUUGCACGGAAAAUAAAUUAUCAAACAGAGUAGGUGAUGGUACAAAUUCUCUGGUUGAAGGCCAUUCCAAGGUUGAUUAUAAUGAUACUAUGGGUAGUGAACUGCGAACAAGAUCAAGAUUUGUGCGUAGGAGGGGUAGAGUUCGUCGGUUGAAGUAUACUUGGAAAUCUGCUGGUUACCAUUCAAUUAGGAAACGGAUUACUGAGAGGAAGGAUCAACCAUGUCGGCAGUUUAACCCCUGUAAUUGCAAGUCAGCAUGUGGAAAGCAGUGUGCUUGUCUUCUAAAUGGAACCUGCUGUGAGAAAUACUGCGGGUGCCCUAAGAGCUGUAAAAAUAGGUUCAGAGGUUGUCAUUGUGCCAAGAGUCAAUGCCGAAGUCGUCAAUGUCCAUGUUUUGCAGCAGACAGGGAAUGUGAUCCAGAUGUUUGUAGAAAUUGCUGGGUUGGUUGCGGUGAUGGUACUCUUGGAGUUCCGUCCCAAAGAGGUGACAAUUAUGAAUGCAGGAACAUGAAGCUUCUCCUCAAACAACAACAAAGGGUUCUACUUGGAAGAUCCGAUGUAUCUGGAUGGGGGGCGUUUCUAAAGAAUAGUGUUGGCAAACAUGAGUACCUUGGAGAGUACACUGGAGAACUGAUUUCACACCGUGAAGCUGAUAAGCGUGGAAAGAUUUAUGACCGUGAAAAUUCAUCAUUUCUUUUCAAUUUGAAUGAUCAGUUUGUCCUUGAUGCUUAUCGUAAGGGUGACAAGUUGAAGUUUGCCAAUCAUUCACCUGAUCCAAAUUGCUAUGCCAAGGUCAUCAUGGUAGCUGGGGAUCACAGGGUGGGUAUAUUUGCCAAGGAACGGAUAAAUGCUGGAGAGGAGCUUUUCUAUGAUUACCGUUAUGAGCCAGAUCGAGCUCCUGCUUGGGCAAAAAAGCCUGAAACUACAGGUUCAAAAAAGGAGGAAGCAGUUACUUCGAGUGGUCGGGCAAAAAAGCUGGCUUAGUUAAAGCAGUUCCUUAAAUAGCAAAUCCAUUUUUUGCCAUUCUUUUACAUUGUGUAAGAAACAUAAUUUCAUUGGCGUUGAGAUGACAUUUACAUCUCCAUCCAGGAAUUUCCAAAUUUUUGUUCUCCCAUUGCAAAUUUAGUCAAUUAUUGUCUCUAUUUUCUA